AAUCACAACCUCCAUGCCACAUGUCUUCGGAGGCUGCCGCCUGUGUUGGUGAUCGGGAAAGCAGUAAACGGCCAGAAGCACUCCCCAACGAGCAAGCUUAAGUCACUCUCAGCACCCUCAAGAGGGCCAGCUGCGACACUCGACAGGUACACUUCUGAGACCAAGCCCCAGUUCCCCAGAAUGAUGGAGCAAUUUGUACUCUCGCAGCCUGAGUACCGACUUCAGCCUGUAGGUCGCCAAAUACGUCCGAACUCAGCACAGAUGACCUCGGAUCUAGAUCCAGAUCAGCAGGUGCUGCAGGAGAGGUUGGUUGGAGAGCUAAAAUGUCUACUCGCCAUUCAUCGCCAAAGACACCCCAUCGCCGAUCAAGAGCAUGAGGAUGCACACCAAACAUUUGAUGCUAUGCUCACAAAUAGGGAAAUCGCAUCCUCUGAAUUGGCUUCCCCGAUGACACCGAGGCUCAAGACAAUGCCUGAACUCGAGUUCGGAGGGCCUAUGAAUGUCAACGCCGUGUAUAGAGGCUUAUCUGGACCCGUUACCAACAGUAUGUGGACCUUGCCGCAGGCAAUGACCAGCCGAGGAGCCGACUUCCACGAAAGUCAGCAGGGCUGCGGCAUAUGUAACGAAGGCUCGAGACAAGGGGGUUCCAGACUGAUGCGCUCUCAGUCACUGACGCGACACCAGCUGUACACUGUACCGCCAGACCCUCGCCUCCCAGCGCUUCGGCACCAAGUCGCCAUCACCAAGCCUAUCGGUAACUCGGCCACUUUGAUAGCUCCUGGACAAUAUGGGUUUAAUGGCUACUCACAUGGAUCGGCUUAUAGUCAUGGGGGCAACCAUGACAAUUCUCUUAAUCGAUUUGCCUCGAUAGGCCAGAUCUCAGUGAUGACGGGUGGACGUUAUUAUACAGGAGACUCUACGUGGGCUCUGGGAGCGGCGAUUCCUCUGCUCAAACCACCAACACCACCACCAACUCCGCCACCUCCGUCGCCACCUCUGGAGCCUCUGCAACAUUUUGUUGUGGUACAGAAGAAAAAGCCAAAGAUCGAAGGACCUGUACAUUGGUGCCGAGGUGAAAAAGGGGGUUGCUCCGGAAUUGGACAUGAAAGUAAGUAA